AGACAGAAACAGUUAGACAAAUGGGCAGGAGACCCAACCAAGACAGAAACGGACAGACAAAUGGCAGAGGACUCAACAAAGACAGAAACAGAGAGAAAAAUGGGCAGGAGACCCAACCAAGACAGAAACAGACAGACAAAUUGGUUGGAGAUCCAACCAAGACAGAAACAGUUAGACAAAUGGGCAGGAGACCCAACCAAGACAGAAACGGACAGACAAAUGGCAGAGGACUCAACAAAGACAGAAAAAUGGGCAGGAGACCCAACCGAGACAGAAACAGUCAGACAAAUAGGCAGGAGAUCCAAACAAGACAGACCACAGACAGGCAAAUGGGCAGGAGACCCAACAAAGACAGAAACGGACAGACAAAAGGGCAGGAGACCCAACCAAGACAGAAAUGGACAGACAAAUGGACAGGAGACCCAACCAAGACAGAAGCGGUCAGACAAAUGGGCAGGAGACCCAACCAAGACAGAAACGGACAGACAAAUGGCAGAGGACUCAACAAAGACAGAAACAGACAGAAAAAUGGGCAGGAGACCCAACCAAGACAGAAGCAGUCAGACAAAUGGCAGGAGACCCAACCAAGACAGAAACGGACAGACAAAUGGGCAGGAGACCCAACAAAGACAGAAACAGGCAAAUGGGCAGGAGACCCAACAAAGACAGAAACGGACAGACAAAAGGGCAGGAGACCCAACCAAGACAGAAAUGGUCAGACAAAUGGGCAGGAGACCCAACCAAGACAGAAACAGACAGACAAAUGGGCAGGAGACCCAACCAAGACAGAAACAGACAGACAAAUGGGCAGGAGACCCAACCAAGACAGAAACGGACAAACAAAUGGGCAGAAGACUCAACAAAGACAGAAACAGACAGGCAAAUGGGCAGGAGACCCAACCAAGACAGAAACAGACAGACAAAUGGGCCGGAGACCCACCCAAGACAGAAACAGACAGACAAAUGGGCAGGCGAAUCAACCAAGACAGAAACAGACAGACAAAUGGGCAGGAGACCCAACCAAGACAGACACAGACAGACAAAUGGGCAAGAGACCCAACCAAGACAGAAACGGACAGACAAAUGGGCAGGAGACCCAACAAAGACAGAAACUGUCAGACAAAUGGGCAGGAGACCCAACCAAGACAGAAACGGACAGACAAAUGGGCAAGCGAUCCAACCAAGACAGAAACAGUUAGACAAAUGGGCAGGAGACCCAACCAAGACAGAAACGGACAGACAAAUGGCAGAGGACUCAACAAAGACAGAAACAGACAGAAAAAUGGGCAGGAGACCCAACCAAGACAGAAACAGACAGACAAAUUGGUCGGAGAUCCAACCAAGACAGAAACAGUUAGACAAAUGGGCAGGAGACCCAACCAAGACA